AUGGCGGUCUGUGAUUGUGAGGGACCAGGGAGAAGAGAAUUUAUCCAAAGAUUAAAACUUGAAGCAACUUUGAAUGUGCAUGAUGGAUGUGUGAAUACAAUUUGCUGGAAUGAUACAGGAGAAUAUAUUUUAUCUGGUUCAGAUGACACCAAUCUGGUAAUUAGUAAUCCCUACAGCAGAAAGGUUUUAACAACCAUUCGCUCGGGACACAGGGCCAAUAUUUUUAGUGCAAAAUUCUUACCGUGCACCAAUGACAAACAGAUUGUAUCUUGUUCUGGAGAUGGAGUAAUUUUUUACACUAACGUUGAACAAGAUGCGGAGACCAACAGACAAUGCCAGUAUACGUGCCAUUAUGGAACUACCUAUGAGAUUAUGACAGUACCAAAUGAUCCCUAUACUUUCCUCUCUUGUGGUGAAGAUGGCACUGUAAGAUGGUUUGAUACUCGAAUCAAAACAAGUUGCACAAAGGAAGAUUGUAAAGAUGAUAUUUUAAUAAACUGUCGGCGUGCUGCCACUUCUGUUGCUAUUUGUCCACCAAUCCCAUACUAUCUUGCUGUGGGUUGUUCUGAUAGCUCAGUGAGAAUAUAUGAUCGGCGAAUGCUUGGGACAAGAGCAACAGGGAAUUAUGCUGGUAGAGGCACUGUUGGAAUGGUGGCACGUUUUGUUCCUCCUCAUCUUAAUAACAAAUCCUGUAGGGUAACGUCUCUAUGUUAUAGUGAAGAUGGUCAAGAGAUCCUUGUUAGCUACUCUUCAGAUUACAUAUACUUGUUUGACCCCAAGGAUGACACAGCACGAGAACUUAAAGUUCCUUCUGCUGAAGAAAGACGGGAAGAGUUACGGCAACCUCCUGUUAAACGUUUGCGACUAAGAGGGGAUUGGUCAGAUACUGGACCAAGAGCAAGGCCUGAGAGUGAACGAGAAAGAGAUGGGGAGCAAAGUCCUAAUGUCUCUCUAAUGCAAAGGAUGUCAGACAUGCUGUCAAGGUGGUUUGAAGAAGCUAGUGAGGUUGCACAAAGCAAUCGAGGACGAGGAAGAUCACGGUCCAGAGGUGGGACUAAUCGGACAGAUGCUCCUGCUGCUAAUAACGUGCCGCCUAGUACAGAAUCAGAAACUGCAAUGGAAGUAGAUGGUUCUGAGCAACUUCCAUCAUCUUCCUCUUCUACAAUGUCAGCCCAAGCUCCUUCAACAUCAUCUUCAACAGAAAGUCCCCCUUCAACUUCAUUAUUGUCCUCUCCUGAUAAUGAACAAAGGCCUUCUUUAGGGGCCUCAGCUCAACCUGUGCUCCAUCAGUCUGAGUUAAUGGGACCUGAGUUAGCUAUAAUCCGUAGGGGUCUACAGCGACUGAGGCUUAAGAAGGCAGAACAACAGAGACAGCGAGAGCUAGCUGAGGGUUCAGCGCCACAGUCAUCCUCCUCUGAUCAGUCCUCCUCUAAGGGCUCCUCACAGGACCCUCAGACAUCAGGUUGUCAUUUGUCAAGGUUUCUUAAGCAGCUAACGUAG